AUGUCCGCCGCAACCGCGCCCCGUCGCUGGGCGGCCCUUUUCCUGCUGUUUUCCCUUCUCUGCGUCUUGUUUACGCCCGUCGAGUGUGUCAAACACGAGCUCUUCAAGACCUGCAACCAGUCCGGCUUCUGCAAGCGCAACCGGGACUUUGCCGACAAUGCCCAGUCUCUGGCCUCCACCUGGGAGUCCCCCUACAACCUCGACCCCGCCUCGGUUACCUUCGCCAAGGGCCAAUUGACCGCCACCGUCCUCAAGAAGGUCAAUGGCCAGGAUGACGUCCGUCUGCCUCUCACCGUGGCCUUCCUCGAGUCCGGCACUGCCCGCUUUACCCUCGACGAGGAGAAGCGCCAGAAGGGAGAUAUUGAGCUGCGUCACGACAGCAAGGCCCGCAAGGAGCGCUACAACGAGGCCGAGAAAUGGACAAUCGUCGGCGGCCUCGAGGUCAGCGCUAGUGCUGCUAUCAGCUCCGAGGCCGAAGCCGGCACCACCAAGGUCGUCUACGGCCCCGCUGGCAAGUACGAGGCCAUCAUCAAGCACUCGCCCUUGGGUGUCGACUUCAAGCGCGACGGAAAGACCCAAGUGCAAUUCAACGAGCGCGGCCUUCUGAACUUGGAGCACUGGCGGCCCAAGACCGAGAAGGAGAAGAAGGAAGGCGAAGAGGGCGCGGCCGAAGAGGCCACUCCCGAAUCGACCGAAGAUGAGAGCACCUGGUGGGACGAGUCUUUUGGUGGAAACACCGACUCCAAGCCUAGAGGCCCUGAGAGUGUUGCUCUCGACAUCACCUUCCCCGACUACGAGCAUGUCUAUGGUAUCCCCGAGCACGCCAGCUCCCUCUCGCUCAAAGAGACUCGCGGUGGUGACGGCGCCUACUCUGAGCCCUACCGUCUCUACAAUGCCGAUGUCUUCGAAUACAUCAUGGACAGCCCCAUGACUCUCUAUGGAGCCAUUCCCUUCAUGCAGGCCCACCGCAAGGACUCCACCGUCGGUGUCUUUUGGCUCAAUGGAGCUGAGACCUGGAUCGACAUCGUCAAGGCGAAGAGUGCUGCCAACGCCCUUAGCCUUGGUGUUGCCGGUCAUACUGAUACCAAGACCCACUGGAUUUCUGAAAGUGGUCUUAUUGAUGUUUUCGUCUUCCUCGGCCCGGAGCCCAAGGACGUGAUCAAGAGCUACAGCGAGCUCACUGGCUAUACUCAACUGCCCCAGGAGUUCGCCAUUGCCUACCACCAGUGCAGGUGGAACUAUGUCACGGAUGAGGAUGUCAUGGAUGUCGAUCGCAAGUUUGACAAGCACGACAUCCCCUACGAUGUCAUCUGGCUUGACAUUGAGUACACCCAUGAGAAGAAGUACUUCACCUGGGACCCCAUGACUUUCCCCAAGGCUCUGGAGAUGCACGAGCACCUCGACAAGCAUGACCGCAAACUUGUUGCCAUUAUUGAUCCUCACAUCAAGAACGUUGCCGACUACCCCAUCAUCGACGAGAUGAAGAGUAAGGAUCUCGCUGCCAAGAACAAGGAUGGCAACCAGUACGAAGGCUGGUGCUGGCCAGGUUCGUCCUAUUGGGUCGAUUGCUUCAACCCUGCUGCAAUUGAUUGGUGGAAGAGUCUUUUCAAGUACGACAAGUUCCUUGGCACUGCCCCGAACACCUUCAUUUGGAACGACAUGAACGAGCCGUCCGUGUUCAACGGUCCUGAGACUACCAUGCCCAAGGACAACCUGCACUUCGGCAACUGGGAGCACCGUGACGUACACAACAUCAACGGCCUGACCUUCCACAACGCAACCUACGAAGCUAUGAUCCAGCGUAAGAAGGGUGAGGCUAUUCGUCCAUUCGUCCUGACUCGUUCUUUCUACUCGGGUAGCCAGCGACUUGGCGCUAUGUGGACCGGUGACAACCAGGCCAAUUGGGACCAUCUCGCAGCUGCGAUCCCCAUGAUCCUGACCCAGAACAUUGCCGGCUUCCCCUUUGCUGGUGCUGACGUUGGCGGUUUCUUCGGUAACCCCAGCAAGGAUCUCCUAACUCGCUGGUACCAGGCGGGUGCUUUCUACCCCUUCUUCCGCGGACACGCUCACAUCGAUACCCGUCGCCGUGAGCCUUAUCUCGCCGGUGCGCCCUACACGGAGAUCAUCACGCAAGCCCUUCGCCUGCGUUAUUCUCUCCUCCCCGCGUGGUACACCGCUUUCCACGAAGCCAGCGUAGACGGUGCCCCCAUCAUCCGUCCCAACUACUACGUGCACCCAACCGACGAGAAGGGCUUCGCCAUCGACGACCAGCUCUACCUUGGCUCAACCGGCCUCCUCGCCAAACCUGUCGUUACAGAGGGUGCGGAGAGCGUCGACAUCUACAUCGCUGAUGACGAGCCAUACUACGAUUACUUUGACUACACUGUCUACACCGGCCCGGGCACCAAGACCAUCCCCGCACCGCUUGACAAGAUCCCCUUGCUCAUGCAGGGCGGUCACAUCAUCCCGCGCCGUGACCGCCCGCGCCGCAGUUCCGGCUUGAUGAAGUACGACCCCUACACGCUCGUCGUUGUGCUGGGCAAGGACGGCACCGCUUCGGGCGAGCUGUACGUCGACGACGGCGAGACGUUCGACUAUCAGCAGGGCGCGUACAUCCAUCGCCGCUUCCUAUUCGACACCACCACGAAGGCUCUCACUUCCAUCGAUAUCGGUACCUCUGGCGCCAAGACCGCGGCCUACCUCAAGGCCAUGGCCAAGGUGCGCGUCGAGAAGGUCGUAGUCGUCGGCGCGCCAGCCGAGUGGGAGACCUUGGAGAACGCUUUUGUCAGCGAAGAGGGCGCCAAGGAGAGCCAGCGCAGACGCAAGGCGGCUCUCAGCUACACCAAGGCCCAAGGCGGCAAGGCGGCAUUCGCGGUGGUUAGGGAUCCCAAGGUCAGCAUUACCAAGGGAUGGAAGAUCGACUUCGGUGGCGAGGCGGCGGAUGAGCAUCACGGACAUGCCCAUUAG